CACUCCCAGCACUGAGUGUAAUGUGAGGAGGGAGGUGCACAGGGACUCUCCUCCAUCCAUUCCCACAUCAUCUCUUCUCUUGUGCUGAGUGCACGGCCGGGGACAGCUGCUGCUGCUGGGAGUCCUCCAGAACCCAGUUGAACAUGGCUUUCAAUGACCUAACUUCCAGAGCAGUACUUCUUUACGACGAGUGGAUUAAAGAUGCUGAUCCACGUGUGGAGGACUGGCCACUCAUGUCCUCUCCAAUCCUCCAGACAACCAUUAUUUUGGCAUAUAUUUACUUUGUCUCGUCGUUGGGUCCCCGGCUGAUGGAGAACCGAAAACCUUUUGAUUUGAACAGGAUAAUGGCUGUGUAUAACUUCGUCAUGGUUAUUUUCUCUUUGUACAUGGUCUAUGAAUUCCUUAUGGCAGGCUGGGCUACGGGAUAUUCCUUCCGAUGUGACAUUGUGGACUACUCCAGGUCACCGCAGGCCGUUCGUAUGGCGUGGACAUGCUGGCUUUACUAUUUUUCAAAGUUUAUUGAAUUACUUGAUACAGUCUUCUUUGUAUUGCGUAAAAAGAACAGUCAGAUUACAUUCCUGCACGUGUACCAUCAUUCCAUCAUGCCAUGGACCUGGUGGUUUGGAGUCAAGUUUGCUGCAGGUGGUUUGGGCACAUUCCAUGCAUUGGUGAACUCUGUAGUACAUGUGAUCAUGUACACUUAUUAUGGGAUGUCAGCGCUGGGUCCAGCCUACCAGAAGUAUUUGUGGUGGAAAAAGUACAUGACUUCCAUACAACUGACCCAGUUUGUGAUGGUCACUUUGCACAUUUGCCAGUUCUUCUUCAUGAAGGAUUGCCAGUACCAGUUCCCGGUCUUCCUCUACGUCAUCUGUUCGUAUGGAGUCAUCUUUAUGGUCCUGUUUCUCAACUUCUGGUUCCAUGCCUACGUCAAAGGACAGCGGCUACCGAAAGCUUGUCAGAACGGCAAUGCCUACCAAAACGGGCAUGUGAAGGACAAACAUCAUUGAUGCUAAGAACACAAUUUCGAGCUGUACCACACAAUGGUAUCUUAGGAUUUGCAGUACUUGACAAUCAAGCAUCCAUUAGCAGUCAAUGGACCACAUUUGCACUUUUCUCCCCAUCGUGAAGAAAGCUCUGUAUUUUUACUGUAAUUUAUUUGGGAUUAUUUGCUGACAAAGGGAUGUACAGUUUUUUUUUUCCCCCCUUGUUUACUACAGAUGUACAUAGAUUAAUCACUGAUCACUCAGGAAACCAUAAGCUUGUUGGCAUGGAUGUGUAUGAUAAGUAUUGUUUACUUGGAAAAUCCUUUUGAACCACAUGUGUGAUCCUCCUCCACAUUAUCAUCAUCAGCAUCAUCAGUGAAGGAAUGAUAGCCCCAGUCCUGAGACAUGACACAGGUUGUUAUAACAGUGUCCAGUGCUGCUACCACAUUUCAAAUUUUGUACAAACAAUAAAAGAUAAAACAUAAAAAUGUAAA